CCUGUCCCAGCCAGGGAAAGGAUUUGUUCGGCACUUCCAAUCGACCAACUAUGAAAGGUACACCUGGCUUACAGCGUCGAAGGAACAUUGCAAAUUGUAUUGCUGGGAAUGCCUGUUAUUUGCAACCGACCGAUAUGGUGUUUGGAGCCAUACUGGGUUUGCUAACCUGAAUUGCCUAACCAAGGCCGCAACGAGACACCAAAGCACUGCAGGACACUUGCAAGCAACGGUGCUAUUGAAAACAUUCGGAGACACCCGAGUGGCUCUAGGACUAAAUGAACAAAUGCGAAGGGAAACAGAGCUCCACAAUGAAAGAGUCAAGAAAAAUAGGGAAAUAUUGAAAAGACUGAUUGAUUGUGUCAUCUUUCUGGGUAAACAGGAGCUCUCAUUUAGGGGACACGAUGAACGCAUGGAGUCCACCAAAAGGGGUAACUAUGUCGAGCUUAUUUCCUUUCUGGCCGAGCACGACAAAGAUUUGCAUUACCACCUUUCCACAAACAAAGUGUUUACUGGGACUUCAGGCAAAAUACAAAAUGAUUUGAUUAGUGCUAUAGCUGAAGUGAUUGGAGAGGAGAUAAAAAGGGAGGUCAAUAAAGCACCUUUUGUCGCAGUUAUGGUGGACGAAACUACAGAUGUGAGUACUGCAGCCCAGCUGGCACUGGUGCUCCGUUAUGUGACAGACACUGGUGUCAAGGAGAGGUUUGUCAGAUUUGACGAUGUUAUGAGUGGCAAGCGGGCUGAUGACAUUGCAGCUCUCAUUAUCCGAUUCCUGGAGGAACACAAAUGCCUGGAUAAAGUUGUGGCACAGUGCUUUGAUGGUGCUGCCGUCAUGGCAUCUGGACUAAAUAGGGUGCAGGCUAAAGUUAAGGCGAGGGCUCCUAUGGCUUUAUUUAUACAUUGCUAUGCACAUCAACUUAAUUUAGUACUGACUCAAGGGGCAUCGAAGCUUAGAGAAUGUAGGAUCUUUUUUGCACAUCUCAAUGGCUUAGCUGCAUUUUUUUCCAGAUCCCCUAAGAGCACGCAGUUGCUUGACGAUAUCUGCCAGCGUCAUCUUCCUCAUGUGGCACCAACAAGGUGGCAAUAUAGUUCUAGAUUGGUUAGCACAGUCUUUGAGAAGAGAGUUGCCCUAAAGGAGCUAUUUGAGCACAUAUUAGAACACCACGAUGAGUACGACGAGGAUUCUGUGCGCUGUGCUGAUGGAUACAAUGCACAUCUGGAUGAUUUUGAGUUUUGUUUUUUGCUUUCCACUUUUCAUGCGAUUUUUGAGUAUUCGGAUGUGCUUUUUGGAAUACUGCAGAACAACACACAUGAUGCACAAUUCUGUCUGGCAAGAAUGGACGAGUUUUGCGACACCAUUGAGAGGAAGAGAGGGCAAUUUGGUGAGAUUUAUGAAUCUACUCUGCGCGAAACAGGUGCGCCAAGCACACGGAGAGGCCAAGUGCUGGGGGACAUUCGCGCAAGGUACCUGAAACUCUACAGCGACAUUUUGGACAACAUCCUUGCCCAGAUACGGAACCGGUUUAAAGACCAUGAGAAAGUCCUGUUUCUCUCCCUCCUCGACCCUCAGCAAUUUCAGACAUACCGGAAAAAAUUCCCGGAUGCGGCCUUCUCCAGCUUAACACAGAGCCACGGAACUCUCUUCGACCUGCCCCGGCUUAAAACAGAACUGACUGUAAUGUAUGCCAUGACAGAUUUUGAAGGAAAAAGCCCUACUGACCUCCUCGCUUUCCUUCAGCAGAAAGAUCUAUGCGGGAGCAUGCGUCAACUUUACGCAUUGGCGUGUUUGGCGGUGACCAUCCCGGUAUCUACGGCCUCUGUCGAGGGUACAUUUUCAGCCCUAAAACGCAUUGAAACGUAUUUAAGAAAUAAGACUGGGCAGACUCGACUGUCAGCACUGGCCUCCAUGGCAAUCGAGAAGGACCUUUUAUUGGAACUGAAACACACCGAUGUACUUUACAACCGUGUCAUUGAAUGCUUUAUAAAGAAAGAAAGGAGGAUGGACUUUGUCUUCAAAUGAAGAGCAGCUUUGAGCUGAUGAAAGGGAGAAAGGAACGUCGAGAGCUGAAUAAAGUGGAGGAGAUACUUCAGUACCAGAAACGUCAUGAUUUCAGAAUGAGUGGACCAAAGACUAAGAAGAAUUUCUCACCAAUAAAGCAUCAAAGAGGAGCCAAAAAUCCUAACACCUGCACUAAGUGUGGAAAAAGUUUCAUACAUAAAAGCAGGCUUAUCAUGCACAUGAGAAUUCAUACUGGAGAGAGACCUUACACGUGCCAUCUGUGCAGGAAAAGUUUUCAUUAUAAAGAACAGCUUCAUAUACACAUGAAAAUUCACACUGGAGAGAGGCCUCAUACAUGCAAUCAAUGUGGGAAAAGUUUUGCAUAUGCAUACCAUGUCAAAGAUCAUCUCCUCUGUCACUCUGGAGAAAGAAAAUUUGAGUGUAAAAAGUGUGGUAAAACAUUUGCCUUGGCACAGUAUCUGAAAAACCAUCUGAAAACACACACAAAUAAGAAGAUUUACAAAUGUCCUAUUUGUGGAAAGAGUUAUUCACACCUGUCCUAUUUUAAAAAGCACCAGAAAAUUCAUACCGGUGUUGGGACUCAAAUGUGCUUUGAAUGUGGAAAGACCUUUAUUACAGCUGGCUUCUUGAAAUUACACCAACGAAUUCAUACUGGAGAAAAACCUUACAAAUGCUCACAUUGUGGAAAUAGAUUCACUUAUUCACACAGCCUGAAAGCACACCAGAAAAUCCAUACAGGAGAGACCCCUUACAAGUGUUCACACUGUGAAAAGAGUUUCAAUCGGCAAGACAGCUUGAAAACGCACGAGAGAAUGCAUACUGGAGAGAAACCUUACAAGUGCUCACACUGUGAAAAGAGUUUCAGUCGGCCAGACAGCUUGAAAACACACAAGAGAAUGCAUACUGGAGAGAAACCUUACAAGUGUUCACACUGUGGAAAGAGUUUCAGUCGGCCAGACAGCUUGAAAACACACAAGAGAAUGCAUACUGGAGAGAAACCUUACAAGUGUUCACACUGUGGAAAGAGUUUCAGUCGGCCAGACAGCCUCAAAACACACACGAGAAUUCAUACUGGAGAGAAACCUUACAAGUGCUCACAUUGUGGAAAAAGUUUCUCUCAGUCAUACAGCUUGAAAGGACACAAAAUAAUCCACACUAGAGAGAAAUCAAAUCACUGCUCUUCGUGAAAGUUUCACCACAGCAAGUAAUCUACAUAGACAUGAGAAAAACAUUAUUGUAGUCACAGUGAGCAUAAGUCAUCUUCAUGUCCAACAAAAUCAUGUUAAUAAUUUGAAAUUCAGAUAAACACAAAGAUGGCAUUUCUUCCAAUAGAGCAAAUUAUGAAAGGUCUUAUACGAAUUGAUAACUUGUUUGUGUAUCUGUAUAUUCAGUAAUGUGCAACAUGUUUUCGGCAUUUCUGAAAAAUGCUGUAGAGAAACAAUGUUUUCAAAAUGCCAUGAAUAGUUUUCAUAAAUUGUGUAAAUAAACUUCUG